AUGCCAGGACUAGUUAGCCGGCUCUGUAAGAGCACCAAAAUCGGCAAAAUAGCUUCCCAGCUCCACAUCCAGUCUAUACUCUCGCCUACAGACCCAGAGGGUGGCAAAUCCAACGCAUCUCCAAAGGCUUUAACAACCUCGAAAAGAAAACUCGAAGAAUUAUCAUCAGCCCAAGAGGGCACGUCAUCGGUGUCAAUCUGGCAUGCUCAACAUGACGAGCAUUCUAGACCUGAUGUCGGUGAUGAUAACUCUCCGGGCAGACUCACACCAGCCACCUCUGAUGAGAAAGCUGGAAGGAGAGGAUCACGAAUUAAACAGCCAAUUCGAUCUAGCAUUGCUUGCCUGAGAUGUCGAAGAUCGAAGAUAAAGUGUGAUAAUGAUGGCGGCAAUAGCCCGUGCGACACGUGUGUUAAAGGAGGACAUCAGUGCCAAUAUCCAGAAGCAGUUCCUCUACCACCAAAACGAAACGAUUCCCCAACAGCAGGGAAGCCCGAGAAGGAACCACAACAGGAGAAGAAACGAACGAGGAAAGCGGAUGAUACAUCAAAAUGGGGCAGCAAAAGAUCAGCCGUAUACGCAGCCGAGGUUCUCGCCUACCCCUUUCUAACGACGGAACUAUGGGAUCAGCUGCUCAACAUUUACAAGCUACACUAUGCCACGGAGUUACCCUUCAUUCACUUACCAUCUUUGAAGGAGAAAAUUAGCAGUGGAUCAGGUCAGGGGAAAGAGGAUUCAUCAGAGCUGAACUUGGUCCUGCUUGGUAUCUUGAUGCUUACAGCACGUUUCCAUCCCGAUCUGGUACGGUAUGUGACGCAUUUACCAAAUCAACAUGGCGCAAAUAAUCGAUCGUCCGCCUCAAAAACCAAGCCUGGACCGUUAUACGCCUCGGAUUUCUUUGCUACUGCACUGACAACAGCUUUGGGCCCCCUCAGGACAGUCAUGGAUACUCUCACGGUUGAAAGAAUACAGUCUUUCCUGAUGCUUGGAUUAUUCGAGUGGAGCCAAGAGAACGACUCCAGUGCUUGGAUGUAUCUUGGGAUAGCUAUUCGCAUGGCCAAGCUGAGGAGGCUAGAACAAGAUGACCGGCGAAUGGCUAUACUGGAAAACCAAGGGCCUGACACAAAACGUUUCGGGCAGAAAUCACCGGAGAUUGCGAUAAUAAGAGAGACACGGAGACGGACGAUGCAUAGCUGCUUCAUUCUGGAUCGUCUGAUGAGCUGCGGGGGCGAGCGACCGCUAAGCAUUGCAGUUGAGAGCAUGCUGAUCCAGUUGCCAUGUUCUGAAACUGCCUUUGAUCUGUCUCUUCAAGUCUGCACUGGACUAUUGCAACCACACGAAGGAUCAAGUCAGCAAAAGAUCAACGAUGAUAGCACGUUAAGCCGAUUUGUCAAGCUGGUCGAGAUAUGGGGCGAGAUUUCGAAAUACAGUUCGAUGGGUGGCCGAUCACAAGAAGCACAUCCUCCAUGGGACACUAAAUCGACUUUCUACAAGUUACGAGAGAAGAUAAUUGCGUUCGACAGAGAUCUCCCUGACACUUUCACAUUAUCUCGACAGAAUUACUACCGACAUGAUAAUCACCAGGCUACCAACACCUAUGUGUCGCUACAUAUGCUGGCCUCAGUUUGUCAUAUUGUUCUCAACCGAGAAUAUCUUCCGUUUCUGCCCCUGCGAUGCCCCCGGCCUCAGGGACCCCCCAUAGUCAACCAAACUAUACUCAACUUUGCGCCAGAUCGGUUCUAG